UUUCUGCUAAUUUUUUCCACACUCAAUUUUCUCUUCUCUAAAUAAUAUACAACUCAAAAUUGGAUUCCGAAACAUUUUUUUUUUUGUUUAUUUUAAGAAUAUCUGAGCUCUUCUUCACGUCGCUUUGUCAAUCUCUUCAAACAAUAUUAUCCCAAUCGCCAGAAAGACAUCAACUUGAUGAGAAAACCAUCUUUAAUGGCCACUUGGUUGGUUAAAAUAUUGGUCUUUAACCGAGUGAUCUUCGCAAACACCAUGUAGGUAUUAGUGUAUUUUAUUUCAGCAUCUGGAAAUUAAGCAAAACCGUGUAGGUCCCAUCUGGGCACUCUCCUGAUCACAUUGACUAUGAACAUCUAAAUAAUCGCAAUAACACCCAAUUUGAGUGGUUGUUGUUUCAUUUCAUUGCGAUGCUAUGGUGGCGCGUUAUGAUGUUUUUCUGUGCUUCAGAGAACCGGACACGGGACACACCUUCACAGGUAACCUCUAUGCUGCUUUGCGGCAGGCCAGAAUCAGAACCUUCACGGAUGCUGGCGAGUUAAAGGGUGGCGACCACAUUGGACUUACCAUCCUUCAAGCUUUGGAAGCAUCAAGAAUUUCGAUCGUUGUUCUCUCCGAAAACUUUGCGUCUUCCAGGUGGUGCCUUGAUGAACUUUUUAAGAUCCUAAACUGUAUGAAGACAGAGAACCAAGCCGUUCUUCCAAUCUUUUACGAUGUCGAUCCGUCCGAUGUAAGGAAACUGCGAGGUAGUUUUGGCACGGCCAUGGCUCACCAUGAAGCUUCGUUUCGGAAGGAGGACUCUGAGAAAGUAGAAAAGUGGAAGUGGGCUUUGACUGAAGUCGCCAACGUAUCAGGAUGGUGUUUCAGAAGAGGAAACUGGUGUGAAUAUGAAUAUGAACUCAUCGAAAAGAUUGUGCAACAUGUGACCUCGGUGGUACCCCGCUACAGCAUUUUUCUGAGUUUUAGUGGAGAAGAUACACGCUCCUUCACUGGUUUUCUCUACAAUGCUUUGAGCCGAAGUGGAUACCAUACCUUCAUCAGUGAUGAGGACCAGACUUCACAGUCUAAUGUUGGGGUUAUAGAAAAAUCAAGGCUUUCAAUCAUUGUCUUUUCUGAAAACUAUGCUCGUUCCCCUUCCUGUCUCGAUGAUCUUCUGAGGAUCCUUGAGUGCAUGGAGAUGGAAAACCAGCUGGUUUGCCCCAUCUUUUACGAAGUGUUACCGUCUGAUUUGAGGCAUCUGAGAAAUAGUUAUGGUGAAGCCAUGGCUGAACAUGAAAGUGUGAUGGGUAAGGACUCUGAGAAGGUCAAGAAAUGGAGGUCAGCUUUGUUUCAAGUCGCCAACUUGAAAGGAUGGUACAUGAAAACAGGGAAUCUUGUGGGGAGACACUUUGUGCAGAUUAAGGCUUUGAUUUUUGCUGUUCGUGUUUUGUUGGGUGGCAAUUACUUUGUGCAGAUAUACUUUGAUGAGUGUUAGAAUGAAAGUGAAAAUUGUAGAUGAAUGAACUAAAUGGCCUUCUACUUUUUGUAGGUACGAAUACGAAUUUAUUGAAAAAAUCGUGGAAAUAGCCAGCAAAAUUUAAAAUUUCUGCAACUUGAUUCAACUAAGAAAUUGCUCUGGUUUCUUCAAGUUGAAGGAAGAUUUGAGGAAUUGUCCAUUCACUAAAUUGCUGUGGAAGCCAGAACUGAUCAAGUAAUUCAACAGAUGGUUCUUUCAGCAGUCAUUAGCACACAGAUUCGUAGCAGUAGCAAUGCUUAGAAUCAACACUGAGGAAAAUUGUCUUUCGUGAAUAAUGGUUUCACAAAAUUUAGAAGAAAACAAAUCUUUUACUUUGGAUAACCAUAAGCAUUUUGUUAUUUUUCAUCUUUUCA